AUGUCAAUGUUGGAAGCAGAAGCUGGUGGCACAGAUGGACUUACGGGUGUUGCUCAUCCGGACCCUUUUCUUUUGGAACUCAAAAGUCUGCAGAACCAACUCAGAGAAAAGGAGAGAGAGCUGGGGGCAGCUCAAAAUGAGAUCAAGGCCUUGAGAGCAACACAAGUGUUGAAGGAUAAGGCCGUGGAUGAGCUCCAAAAUGAGGUGAAGAGGUUGGGGGACAAGCUUGGGGCAACUGAGAACCUUCUCCAUCAACAGAAUCUUGAUAUCAAGAAACUCAACAAUGAGAAGAAAGAAGCUCUGGCUGCACAAUAUGCUGCCGAAGCAACACUCCGCAGGGUGUACGCAGAUCAACAGGAUGACAACUUUGUUCCAAUGGAGUCCAUCAUUGCUCCCCUUGAAGCCGACAUUAAGAUGUACAAAAAUGAGAUUGCAUUACUACAGGAGGAUAAAAGGGCAAUGGAGAGACUUAACAGGUCAAAAGAAGCAGCUCUGCUCGAAGCAGAAGGGAUCCUGAAGAGUGCCCUUGAAAGGGCACUAGUUGUAGAGGAGGAGGAAAAUAAACUACUGGAGAAAACAAACCGUCAAAAAGUUUUGGAAGUGGAAAAGCUUAGCAAUACCAUUAAGGAGCUUGAAGAGGCAGUUCUUGCAGGUGGAGAAGCAGCCAACAAAAUCCGUGAUUAUAGACGGCAGAUUUCAGAACUCCAGGAAGAGAAGAGGACACUAGAAAGGGAGCUAGCAAGAAUAAAGGUUUCAGCUAACCGUGUAGCUAGUGUGGUGGCGAAUGAGUGGAAAGAUGAGAAUGACAAAGUUAUGCCUGUCAAGCAAUGGCUGGAUGAGAGAAAAUUAUUACAAGCAGAAAUGCAAAGGCUAAGGGAAAAACUAGCUACAGUAGAGAAAACUGCCAAGGCAGAAGCACAACUGAAGGAUAAACUAAAACUGAGGUUGAAGACAUUGGAAGAUGGCUUGAGAAAAAAUAGUGGAACUUCAAAACCAGAAAAACACAGCAAUUUCUUUGGGAUUCUUUCAAGUAAUGCUAGACUACAUAGGAAGAGAUCUACAUCACAACGAAGGGCUUCAGCAUUUAGAAGUCCCGAGAUUGAUUUAGCAGAGAAAACAAGGAAGAAGAAUAAUAGCAUAAAGGAGAUUAACGCUUCAGAAGAUUUCAUAAGUUUGUGGGCAAACCACAAGAAGAUUGUCUACAAUGGUGAAAAGGAGAACAACAAAAUGAGGGGAAAUUCCACCUGUGAUAUAGUUGAAAGUAACAAUGAGGAUCCAAAAAAUAAGGCUGUCGACAUUGGUACAGAGGAUGUUGUUUCAGGGUUUUUAUAUGAUCGCCUUCAGAAAGAGGUUCUAAGUUUGAGGAAGUCUUGUGAGGCCAAAGAUAGUACUUUGAACUCUAAAGAAGAAGACAUAAAGAUGCUCAACAGAAAGAUCGAGACACUAACUAAAGCCUUCGAGAUAGAAUGCAAGAAAACAAAGAAAGAAGCAACAACGGCAAUAACUGGUCAAAUUCCUGCCAAGGUGGAUGAAAAGAUCAGAAAUACCAACUCAUCUAAGAGGGUCGUAAAAACACCUGUGUCAGGGGAGUCUGUUGCCAAAUGA